AUAUCACUUAUCUAGCUGCCGCAUCUUAUCUGUUACUUUCCUUCCCUGGUAUAAACGAACAAAAACACACAGAACUUCUUCUCAAUCCAACUUUUCUUCUUGCUUUCUACCACUCAUAACUUCCAUUAAUACACAAGCAUGCAUUCCUUAACAUGCUUACCACUUUCUUCUCCUUCAUCUAUAUCUUCUCUAAAGCCAAACCACCUCAACAAUCCUUUAUUCAAUGCAACUUCAAGAAAAACCUGUUUUACUACCAGAGCAUUACUCUCAUCAUCUAAAGAAUCUAUCCUCAAGGAUUUUCGCGAAAGAACGGCUCUUAAGAUUAUCACAGGUUUGCAGAAUUUUGAUAAAGAUAAUGUUGCCUCUGUUGUUACUGCAGCAGAAAAGGGAGGAGCAACUCACGUCGAUAUAGCGUGCGACCCGGAAUUGGUGAAGCUAGCUAUCAGCCUAACUUCUUGUCCGGUUUGUGUUUCUUCUGUAGAUCCUGCGUUAUUUCCAGCUGCAGUUAAAGCAGGAGCACUAAUGGUUGAGAUUGGAAAUUAUGAUUCAUUCUAUGACAAGGGAGUGAUUUUUACUGCAGAGCAGAUUUUGAGUCUAACAAAAGAGACAAGGAGGAUACUUCCGUCCGUAGUUUUGUCUGUCACCGUUCCUCACACACUAAGCCUUCCUGAUCAGGUCAAGCUUGCAGAAUUGCUGGAACUAGAAGGUGUAGAUAUUAUUCAAACUGAGGGAGGAAAAUGUUCUAAUCCUACAAAGUCUGGUGUUCUAGGUUUGAUUGAGAAGGCUACACCAACUUUAGCGGCAGCGUAUUCUAUAUCACGAGCAGUUAAGAUACCUGUCAUGUGUGCAUCUGGGCUAAGUGCUGUCACGGCACCUAUGGCUAUCACUGCCGGAGCUUCUGGUGUGGGCGUGGGCUCUGCAGUUAACCGACUAAAUGAUGUGGUUGCCAUGAUUGCUGAGGUUAGAAGCAUUGCUGAUUCGUUGAAGACAUCCAUUCAGACGCGUGAAGUGGAAACUUAUAGACAGUAGCUCAAUAUAUGUUGCAAGGAUCAGAUUAAGGUGUUGUAGGAAGUGAAUAAAACGUGCGAGGAAAAUUAGGAUUCUUUCUUUAAGACUUUAGAACUGCUAGGAUCCAUCUUUCAGGGUCUUUUCCUAUUUUAGACUUUUGUUGUAGUUCUGGUUUGUGAGAGGAAAAUAUUAUAAGCAGAAAAAUGAUAAAUAUUCACAAGAACAAA